CACCAAUACUCAUUGUCCAUCAUCUUUCACCAAUACACAUUGUCUAUCAUCUUUCACCAAUACACAUUGUCUAUCAACUAUCACCAAUACUCAUUGUCCAUCAUCUUUCACCAAUACACAUUGUCUAUCAUCUUUCACCAAUACACAUUGUCUAUCAUCUUUCACCAAUACACAUUGUCUAUCAACUAUCACCAAUACUCAUUGUCCAUCAUCUUUCACCAAUACACAUUGUCUAUCAACUAUCACCAAUACACAUUGGCUAUCAUCUUUCACCAAUACACAUUGUCUAUCAACUAUCACCAAUACUCAUUGUCCAUCAUCUUUCACCAAUACACAUUGUCUAUCAUCUUUCACCAAUACACAUUGUCUAUCAUCUUUCACCAAUACACAUUGUCUAUCAACUAUCACCAAUACUCAUUGUCCAUCAUCUUUCACCAAUACACAUUGUCUAUCAACUAUCACCAAUACACAUUGGCUAUCAUCUUUCACCAAUACACAUUGUCUAUCAACUAUCACCAAUACUCAUUGUCCAUCAUCUUUCACCAAUACACAUUGUCUAUCAACUAUCACCAAUACACAUUGGCUAUCAUCUUUCACCAAUACACAUUGUCUAUCAUCUUUCACCAAUACACAUUGUCUAUCAUCUUUCACCAAUACACAUUGUCUAUCAUCUUUCACUAA